CAGCCCAGCCCGGGGAAGGAGCGGGGCCGGGCGGCUGCGGCGAGCCGGGAGGGAGCCGGCAGCGGCGGGGAAGCCGAUGAGGAGCGAUCGCGGGCGGGCGGCGGCGGCAGCGGCGGCGGCGGCAGCGGCCAUGGCGGGGCCCCGCUGAAGGAAGCGGCGAGGGAGGAGGAGGAGGAGAGGGAAGGAGGAGGAGGAGGAGAGGAGAAAUCGCCGCAUUCCCUCCCUCCCUCCGCGCCCCGUCCCCGUGCGCGCCCGCCCGCCUCCCCCCGCAUGCCCCGCUGAGGCGGCGCGCAGGGACCUCGGCACCCGGCGCGGCCCCGCCGCCCUCCCUCCCUCCUUCCCUCCCUCCCUCCCUCCCUCCCUCUCCCUCCCCCCCUCCCUCUCCUCCCCUCUCCUCCCCUCUCCCCUCCUCUCCUCUCCCCUCCGCGCCUCGAACAAAGGGGGAGAAGCAGCGGGGAGGAGGAGGAGGAGGAGGAGGAGGAGGGCAGAGCCCCCCGCGCCAGCAUGGCGGACCGCAGCCUGGACAGCGUGUCGCUGCCCCUGGAGGUGCGGGCCCGCCUGGCCGAGCUGGAGCUGGAGCUCUCCGAAGGUGACAUCACACAGAAGGGAUAUGAAAAGAAGAGAUCAAAAUUAAUUGGGGCCUACCUGCCACAACCUCCUGCAGCGAAUGGAGCUGCCGCAGUACGGUGUAGACUGCAACACAGUGAAGGAGCUGCCAGAAGAAUGCUCCGCACUGCCAACAUUGGUGUCUGUGACAUCCGGGAAGCGGCCGCUAGAGAGAGAGCAGCCAGCACGGCAGGAAACCGGCCUCUCUUUUAUUUUCGUUUUGGGGUGGACCAGGCACUACCACAAGAACGUCGAACUCCUGUUACUCCGUCCUCUUCCUCUCGAUAUCACCGUCGCAGGUCCUCAGGGUCACGGGAUGAACGCUAUAGAUCGGAUGUCCACACAGAAGCAGUUCAGGCAGCCCUUGCUAAACAUAAAGAAAGGAAAAUGGCGGUCCCCAUGCCCUCAAAACGACGUUCGUUGGUGGUGCAAACAUCAAUGGAUGCCUACACACCUCCAGAUACUUCUUCUGGUUCAGAAGAUGAAGGCUCUGUGCAGGGUGACUCCCAGGGAACUCCCACCUCAAGUCAGGGGAGUAUAAACAUGGAACAUUGGAUCAGUCAAGCGAUCCAUGGCUCUACCACGUCAACCACUUCCUCCUCCUCAACACAAAGUGGAGGCAGUGGUGCUGCACACAGGCUAGCUGAUGUUAUGGCUCAAACGCAUAUAGAAAAUCAUUCUGCCCCUCCAGAUGUUACCACUUACACCUCAGAACACUCAAUACAAGUAGAAAGACCACAAGGAUCAACGGCACGGGUGGCACCAAAGUACGGAAAUGCUGAACUUAUGGAAACUGGUGAUGGAGUACCAGUGAGCAGCAGAGUGUCAGCAAAGAUUCAGCAGCUGGUCAAUACACUAAAACGGCCCAAACGACCACCAUUACGAGAGUUCUUUGUAGAUGACUUUGAGGAAUUGUUAGAAGUUCAACAGCCAGAUCCAAACCAGCCAAAACCAGAAGGAGCUCAGAUGUUGGCUAUGCGUGGGGAACAAUUAGGUGUGGUUACAAACUGGCCGCCUUCUCUGGAAGCAGCUUUGCAGCGAUGGGGGACCAUCUCACCAAAAGCUCCUUGCCUAACCACUAUGGAUACUAACGGAAAACCACUGUAUAUUCUCACUUACGGCAAACUUUGGACCAGAAGUAUGAAGGUUGCUUACAAUAUACUACAUAAAUUAGGCACAAAACAAGAACCAAUGGUACGACCUGGAGACAGGGUAACACUCGUGUUCCCUAACAAUGAUCCUGCUGCUUUCAUGGUAGCAUUUUAUGGCUGCCUGCUUGCAGAAGUUGUCCCCGUCCCUAUUGAAGUGCCACUUACAAGAAAGGAUGCAGGAAGUCAACAAAUAGGCUUUUUGCUUGGAAGCUGUGGAGUUACUGUGGCCUUGACUAGUGAUGCAUGCCAUAAAGGACUGCCUAAGAGCCCCACAGGGGAGAUACCACAGUUUAAAGGCUGGCCAAAGCUGCUGUGGUUUGUCACUGAGUCUAAACAUCUCUCCAAGCCUCCUCGUGACUGGUUCCCACAUAUCAAGGAUGCGAACAAUGACACUGCUUACAUUGAGUACAAAACAUGUAAAGAUGGAAGUGUGCUUGGGGUGACUGUGACAAGGAUUGCGCUGUUGACACACUGCCAAGCUCUGACCCAGGCAUGUGGAUACACAGAAGCUGAAACAAUUGUGAAUGUAUUAGAUUUCAAGAAGGAUGUUGGUUUAUGGCAUGGGAUUCUUACAAGUGUCAUGAACAUGAUGCAUGUUAUAAGUAUUCCAUAUUCCUUAAUGAAAGUGAAUCCACUGUCAUGGAUACAAAAAGUCUGUCAAUACAAAGCAAAAGUUGCCUGUGUAAAAUCUAGGGACAUGCACUGGGCAUUGGUGGCACACCGAGAUCAAAGAGACAUCAACCUUUCCUCUCUGCGUAUGCUAAUAGUGGCUGAUGGUGCAAACCCGUGGUCUAUUUCUUCCUGUGAUGCAUUUCUCAAUGUCUUCCAAAGUAAAGGUCUAAGACAGGAGGUCAUUUGUCCCUGUGCUAGUUCACCGGAAGCUCUCACUGUGGCUAUUCGAAGGCCAACAGAUGACAGCAAUCAGCCACCAGGCAGAGGAGUUCUGUCCAUGCAUGGUCUCACUUAUGGAGUGAUCCGAGUGGACUCUGAAGAAAAGCUGUCUGUUUUGACUGUCCAGGACGUUGGCUUGGUCAUGCCAGGAGCUAUAAUGUGUUCAGUGAAGCCAGAUGGAAUUCCACAGCUCUGUAAAACAGAUGAAAUAGGAGAACUAUGUGUAUGUGCUAUUGCAACGGGUACAUCAUAUUACGGACUCUCGGGCAUGACCAAAAAUACUUUCGAGGUGUUUCCUAUGACCAGUUCUGGUGGCCCUAUCACUGAAUAUCCUUUUAUAAGGACUGGACUCCUAGGCUUUAUAGGACCAGGUGGACUCGUCUUUGUUAUCGGCAAAAUGGAUGGUUUGAUGGUUGUCAGUGGAAGAAGACAUAAUGCUGAUGACAUUGUAGCAACAGCGCUGGCAGUGGAACCAAUGAAAUUUGUCUACAGGGGCAGAAUAGCAGUGUUUUCAGUGAGUGUGCUGCAUGAUGAAAGGAUAGUUAUCGUUGCUGAGCAAAGGCCAGAUUCCACAGAGGAAGACAGUUUUCAAUGGAUGAGUAGAGUUCUCCAGGCUAUUGACAGUAUUCAUCAAGUGGGAGUCUACUGCUUAGCACUGGUACCAGCAAACACGCUUCCCAAGACACCGCUGGGAGGAAUACACCUGUCAGAAACCAAACAGCUUUUCUUGGAAGGAUCACUGCAUCCUUGUAAUGUGCUGAUGUGUCCCCACACAUGCGUAACAAACCUGCCUAAACCAAGGCAAAAACAACCAGAAAUUGGCCCUGCCUCUGUGAUGGUGGGGAACUUGGUCUCUGGAAAAAGAAUUGCACAGGCCAGUGGUAGAGAUUUGGGGCAAAUAGAAGAUAAUGAUCAAGCCAGAAAGUUCCUCUUCCUCUCAGAAGUUUUACAAUGGAGAGCUCAGACCACUCCUGACCACGUCCUUUACACUCUACUUAACUGCAGGGGAACAAUAGCCAACUCGCUAACGUGUGUCCAGCUACAUAAGCGAGCUGAGAAGAUAGCUGUCAUGUUGAUGGAAAGGGGGCAUUUGCAAGAUGGAGACCAUGUGGCUUUGGUUUACCCACCAGGAAUAGACCUGAUUGCCGCAUUUUACGGUUGCCUGUAUGCAGGCUGUGUGCCAAUAACAGUUCGACCUCCACAUCCCCAGAACAUAGCAACGACGUUACCUACAGUGAAGAUGAUCGUGGAGGUGAGCCGCUCUGCCUGCUUAAUGACUACACAAUUAAUAUGUAAAUUGUUACGGUCGAGAGAGGCAGCAGCAGCAGUGGAUGUCAGAACGUGGCCUCCAGUACUAGAUACAGACGACUUGCCAAAGAAACGGCCUGCACAGAUCUACAAACCUUCUAACCCUGAAACACUUGCUUACCUAGACUUCAGUGUCUCCACAACUGGAAUGCUAGCGGGGGUAAAGAUGUCUCAUGCAGCCACUAGUGCCUUUUGUCGUUCUAUUAAGCUGCAGUGUGAGCUUUAUCCCUCCAGAGAAGUCGCUAUCUGUCUGGACCCAUACUGUGGACUUGGGUUUGUCCUCUGGUGCCUCUGCAGCGUUUAUUCAGGACACCAGUCAAUUUUGAUUCCUCCCUCAGAACUGGAGACCAAUCCUGCUCUGUGGCUUCUUGCUGUGAGUCAGUACAAAGUGAGAGACACUUUUUGUUCGUAUUCGGUCAUGGAGCUUUGUACUAAGGGACUGGGUUCACAAACAGAGUCACUGAAGGCAAGGGGACUGGACCUCUCACGAGUACGGACAUGUGUAGUAGUGGCUGAAGAACGACCUCGGAUAGCUCUUACUCAGUCAUUUUCAAAAUUAUUUAAAGACCUUGGUCUCCAUCCUCGGGCAGUCAGCACGUCACUUGGCUGUAGAGUUAACCUGGCGAUAUGUUUGCAGCCUCACAGGCUGGGGAAGCUGGCCGAGCAGGGAACAUCUGGACCGGAUCCAACCACAGUCUAUGUUGAUAUGAGGGCACUGAGGCAUGACAGAGUUCGUUUAGUAGAAAGAGGAUCUCCGCAUAGUUUGCCCCUGAUGGAGUCAGGAAAAAUCCUGCCAGGAGUACGUAUCAUUAUUGCUAAUCCAGAAACAAAGGGACCCUUAGGAGAUUCUCAUCUUGGUGAGAUAUGGGUUCACAGCACUCACAAUGCCAGUGGGUAUUUUACCAUAUACGGAGAUGAAUCUUUGCAAUCAGAUCACUUUAAUUCAAGACUCAGCUUUGGAGACACACAGACUAUUUGGGCUCGAACUGGUUAUCUGGGGUUCCUGCGAAGAACAGAGCUUACAGAUGCAAACGGAGAACGCCAUGAUGCACUUUAUGUUGUGGGUGCAUUAGAUGAAGCCAUGGAGUUACGAGGGAUGAGAUAUCAUCCGAUCGAUAUUGAGACCUCUGUAAUUAGAGCACACAAGAGCAUCACAGAAUGUGCGGUGUUUACCUGGACAAAUUUAUUGGUCGUUGUAGUUGAGCUGGAUGGAUCGGAGCAAGAAGCUUUGGACCUGGUUCCUUUGGUCACCAACGUGGUCCUGGAGGAACACUAUCUGAUUGUCGGGGUGGUGGUGGUUGUGGACAUUGGUGUAAUUCCUAUCAACUCCCGUGGAGAGAAACAACGUAUGCACCUACGAGAUGGAUUUUUGGCAGACCAGCUAGAUCCCAUCUAUGUGGCCUACAACAUGUAGUCUUGUACCUUAAAGCUUCCAUGGACUUUACUAUAGAUGUAUAAAAUUUUUUGGUGUCCACUAAAAAAAAACGUGCAGAUAAUAUGCUGACACUCAUCAGAACGGAACUGUUUCUAUUGGGAACUUUUCAAAGCAGUCACGAUUGGCAGGAAAUAAAAUGUGAAAUGUUUUCUUUUACCACUAAAUUUUAGAAAAGAAGGACUAUGGGGUAAGGCCCUUCAGUUUGUUGGAAAAGCCCAUUUUAAACAUUUUUUUUUUUUGCUUAUUGGACAAUACUGCUUUUUGAGUCAAUGUGGCUUUGUAUUUUACAUUAAGUAAGCUGAAGUAGAUUUUUUUUUUAUUCUGCCCUCCAAAUGGAUUCUUUUAAAACAAUUUACAUACUAAUACAAAGAAUAGUUUUCUUCAUUUGUUUUAAUAUGUCGUAAAAGGAUGAUGAACACAAAUCUGUUAACUAACGUAAGCCAUUUUAGGUCCCACAUCUUAGGAAACUAUGUAGUGGUACGAGGAGAAUUCCCAAAGUAGCACCUUUAAAUUAGAGACCUAGCAGCUUUCUGUCAGAGAUGCUGUAAGCACAAAGGCCAAAGAGCCUUUGCUGUUAGCGUUAGAAUGGAAGAAAUUUAUAAAUAAGGUGUAUUUCGGCAAUGAACUUGCAAAUAUCUUUGUACUAAACUAAAAAGAUAAAAUAAGUUAACUACUUCUUCUGUAAUUAUGUACAAAAACGUUUAAUUUAUUUUGAUCUCUUUAGAAGUAUAAAAGAGAAGAAACAUUCAAGAAUAUUAAACUCUUGAAAUGUUUGCUAAUAUAAAAACAAAGUGUUGUAUUAUCUUGAGUGGAUAGUAUCACAUCAAAUAUAUAUAUAUGAAAUAUAAAUUCACUAAUGACAAAAGAUUUUAAAGUUUAAAAUGCAGUACUUGUCACUUGCAUGGUGUCUCCCACUGUAGAUAAUCAAAUGUUACUCACAAAUUUUUUGAAAAAAGCAAUCCUGGAUUGCUAAGUAUCCCUGUCUAAAAGAAUCCUCUAGAUACCAGCAAGUGGAAUUAUUGCUGCCUUUAAGGCAGUGAAUGAGUUUAAGACUAAAAAUGCACUACAAUAAUUUUUUUUUUCUUUGCCAUGGAGGCAACAAUAAAUAUUCGUGCUGGCAUGUGCAUACACUUGUUAGACUUAGAAAAGGCAGGUUGAGGAAUAGCACUGUUGUCUAGCUGCAAAACUUUGUUGCACAAUUUUUUCAUUGUUUUAGUUGGUGUUUUUAUUGCUAUAAGGAAAACUUUUGGGGUUAUUUGCACAGAGUUAUCAAUUUGCCUCUCAGCUAGGACACAUAGCUCGGUGGCCAAGGCAUCCAGUUUACAUUUACAGAAAACGAUUGUUUCGAUGGUCUUUAAUUUAAUUCCUUAACGGAGAGGAGCGUACAGUCACUACAACCAAUUCAGCACAAAUCGUGCAUCUGCUAACUAGUCCCUAAGCCAAUUAAAACAUCAGAGGAACUGAACUGCCUGUUUUAAGAUCCAGAGUCCCAGGGUCUCCAACCUGAGGCCGUCAGUGGGAGAAGAGUAGGAAAACAUGCAUCACAGCUGCCUUCAUUUUACUACCUUUGGAUAAAGGAGAGGUUUGAUUUCCCACUUCUGCUGUCUUCCCUGCACCCCACACCCCUUUUUUAAAAACUUUCCCCUUUCUUCAUGUAGUUGUAACUGAAUUGACCCGUUUGUGGUCGAGAGUGGGAUUUACCAGCUGCAGUCCAAGAAUGCUUUUCUUAUUGUCCAAAAUUACAUUCAUGUGCUGGCUCUCAUUACCAGAUAUGCAUGACUAAGAUUGUUGCAGGGCAAACGUAAUCAUGUUUAUAUCAUGUACAAGGGACAUAUUUUGUCUGCCUUUGCAGAAUGCUGUACAAGAGGUGGACCCCUGCUAACGACAGUAAUUUUGUUUGGCUUCUGAGUCUCAAUGCUGGUUGUUUAAAAUCUUUUUAAAAGGUGGGGACAUUUUAGUCUGCAUGUACAGUACAGAGCAUCUCACCAUGUCAGACUUGUUUUAUUUCAAAUCUUUUCAGACUUCACUGUCCUGUGAAUAUCCCUAUUCAUGCUCUGAAGACCAAUCCUAGAUUUUGUCAACUUCAUUUUCUGCUCCCUUUAAAAAGAAUAAAAUCUGUUUUUAAUGGCAAGUCGCUGUAAGGUUUCAGACAAGAUGUUGAUUGAUUACAAACAUAAUUGCAGUGUGUGAACUAACUUGUGAAGUCCUGCUAUCGCUGAUCUCAGUACUGCAAAACAAAUUUAGCUGUCAUUUAAAGCAUCACUUUAACCUUCACGAAGUCAACUUUGCAUUUGUAGAGAAAAAAAAAGAACUGCAAUGCAGUUGUGAAGCGCAGUUAAUAACAGCUCUCUUCUGCAACCUGUCAUCCGUGGUUGUUAAAUUCUGAGUUAAGAGAAACGAUAAACUGAGUUUCUGGUUUUGUUGUACAAGCAAAAGGAAGGAAACAUUUAAGCACCAUCAGACUGAGCAAUAAAGAAGGAUUGUUCUGUAUUAGAAAUUGUACUGUAGAUAAACCAUUCAUGAGAAUGUAUAAAAUGUUUGUCUUGUGACCUUGUGCUUUUGAAGUCAGACAAAACCAUGUAAUCAACUCGAUGCACAUGCACAAAACAGAGGGUACACAAUGAACAUUUAAACACAAAACUAAUCAAACAGGAGCAGAUUCCUCAUGGUGCUUGUUUAUUAUAUAUAUUUAAUCCUGCUUGACACUUUACCCAAGGGAAGACUGUCCCUUUUAUCAGUUGAAUGUUAGCAGCGUUAUUUCAUAGAGUGUGGUGACUGGUUAGAGAAAUUCAUGUAACUCAGCCAAUCACAGUUUCAAACAAAAAUUUUUAUGUGCAAAGGACAGCAACCUUCUUGUAUGUUAAACCACCAGUACGCUUUGUACAUCUGUGAUAACGCCUGUUUUAUAUUCAAAUGAACAAAUAAAAGCUUUUAUUUUUGUUGCUCUGAAAAUAUCAGUUUCUUAAUUAGUCAUCUAAAAUUGAGCUUCCUAGAGCUGCCUAAGCUCAGUGGAGGAACAUUGAGAGCUAUACUGUAAUUUUAUUUUGUUUACCUCUCUUGUUGCAUAAUUUAUUAGUACAAAUCAUGAUACUUUUAACAAUGUUUAAAUACUGGUGUGGGCAUUUAUUGCUGAAAGACUUUCAUAUGGCAACAAAUGUUUUUGUGAAAUGUUUUUUUAAUUCUUUUUAAUAUAUUCAAAUAUACUGUUCACAUUUUUGCUGAAAGUGUAAAGAUUAUUGUAAGCUUGGUAACAUUUUGUGAGAAGCAAUAACAAGCAUUAGUACUGUAAAACUC